AAAAAUCGGCUGUCCAUCGUUUUUCUUAUGGUCUGCUGUGGAUGGGCCAAUUUGCUUCCACAGCCGCCGGAGCUCAAAAUCACAACCACCGGAAAAAAUCCGGCUUUACUGCUAUGGUUAUGCCGAUGCAGGGCACUGAAAAAUCCGACGACGUUAUAGGCGAGGACUUAUCCGAUUAUUCAUUUAACAUUCCCGAUGAGUGUUUGGCUAUCAUUUUCCAGUCUCUUAACUCCGGCGACCGUAAGCGGUGUUCCCUCGUGUGCCGUCGGUGGUUCCAGAUCGAAGGUCAGAGCCGGCACCGUCUCUCGCUGCGUGCCCAGACAGAGCUCGCCACGGAGAUUCCUUCAAUUUUUUCGCGAUUCGAUUCGGUCACGAAGCUCGCGUUGAAAUGCGACCGCAGAUCUGUGAGUAUCGGUGACGAAGCGUUGGUUCUUAUUUCGCUUCGAUGCCGGAAUCUCACUAGGUUAAAGCUACGGGCAUGCCGGGACCUUACCGACGCCGGGAUAGAAGCUUUUGCGAAGAACUGCAACGUUUUGAAGAAGCUUUCCUGUGGAUCCUGCAGUUUUGGAGCUAAAGGCAUGAACGCCGUAUUCGAUAACUGCUCGUCCCUCGAGGAAUUAUCAGUCAAACGGCUGCGCGGUAUUGCAAACGGUGCUAUGGCCGAUCCAAUUGGCCCCGGCGUGGCUGCCGGAUCGCUCAGAGUUAUUUGCUUAAAGGAGCUUUACAAUGGACAGUGUUUCGGACCGUUAAUUACUGGAUCGAAGAAUUUGAAGACUCUAAAGCUCUUAAGGUGUUCUGGUGAUUGGGAUAAGAUUCUGGAAGCCAUUUCCGAUCAAAUCAGCGGCCUAGUUGAGGUUCAUGUCGAGAGGCUUCAGGUUAGUGACGCUGGUCUUGCUGCAAUUUCGAAUUGUUCAAAUCUUGAGAUUUUGCAUCUGGUAAAAACUCCCGAAUGCACAAAUGUUGGGUUGAAAAAUGUUGCUGAACACUGUAAACUCCUCCGGAAACUCCACAUUGAUGGGUGGAAAACGAAUAGGAUAAGCGAUGAAGGGUUGCUUGCUGUGGCAAAUCACUGCCCAAAUUUACAAGAACUGGUUUUGAUUGGGGUUAAUCCGACGCUCGUUAGUUUAGAGAAACUCGCUACGAAUUGUCCAAAUUUAGAAAGAUUAGCUCUCUGUGGGAGUGAGACUGUGGGGGAUCCCGAGCUCUCCUGCAUUGCUGAGAAAUGUGUUGCAUUGAAGAAGCUUUGUAUAAAGAGUUGCCCCAUAUCAAACUUGGGAAUGGAAGCACUUGCUAGCGGGUGCCCGAGUUUGAUCAAAGUGAAGGUUAAGAAAUGCAGGCUGGUGACUUCUGAGGCUGCGGAUCGGUUGAGGGCUAGUAGGGGUUCGCUUGCUGUGAAUUUGGAUACGGUUGAGGUGGAGAAUCCCGAUGGGGCUGCUAGUGAUGACGGUGUGUCUGAAGCUGGUCAAGAGAACCAGCAGGUGGGUGGCCAAGUUGGUGGUGGUGGUGGUGCUGCUAAUAUUGCUUCGAACAAUACAAGGAGGUCAAAUUCGUUGAGGGCGAGGCUGGGACUUCUAACGGGGAGAAAUUUAGUUGCGUGUACAUUCAGAAGGUGGUCAAGCUUUGGUGGGAGUUCCAGGAAUAACUAGAGAAGCCGAGAAGGAACUGAUUGAUAUGAAGCAAGAAAGAAGAGCAUUCUUGACCUGUUCCCACCAUUCUGCCUUUUAGUUAAUUUUUAUUUUUGUCUCUGCAUUUCACCUUUGUAUGCUUCUUUUUUGCCCUUUCCCUUCCAUACAUUACAUCUCCACGAUUAAGAACCUUAGAAUUUCCACCCAUCUGAUUCGAUAACAUAUCCACUAAACCAAUGCUUAUCUUUUAAGUAAACCAAUGCUUAUCUUUUAAGUGGGCAGAAGUUCUUACUAGUUUUCUAUUUCAUUCGAGAAACUACUUAUUACGAAUUCGCUUGGUGGAGUCAUCUCAGAGUAGUGGAGUCAUCUCAGAGUAUCUAUUUUGAUUCGAGAGAAUCAAGAGUGGUUUUCGGUGCGGCUUUUCAAUCAUUAUUUUGCAUCCACAAAGGAUAAAAUGUUCAUGGUGCCACCCACAUUAUGGCAUACCUAGUCAAACACACCAGGACAUGCAUGCUUCUAGCGAUUGUGACCGGCUACCAAGACAAUUAUAGAAGUGCACGAUGAAAGAGUGAAGUCUGGGUUUAAUGGUUUCAAAAUGAGUGCUUGAUGAAAGAGUGAAGUCUGGGUUGAAUGGUUUCAAAAUGAGGUUGAUCAUUUGGUAGGCUACACCAGCCUCUAUUUGUCUUUUAAUUGCUUCCCAUUACAGGGCGAGGGUCUAUGAAAAGUCCUUUGAUAAAAGGAUCCAAUGUUCAUUGUGUGGAAAUUCUCUUUGGUUGGUAACACAACAGGAGGAGAAGGAAGAGUCGAUUUUUCGGGUUGGUUGGCAACUUGGCAUGUUAUUCAGUUUAGAUUUAUGUAUGUAUGUAUUUUCACCAUCAUUACAGAUUUACAGAGCCUUUGUUCAUGAACAUUUAACAUAGUUAUGCUGAAUCUUGUUCUUUCAUGAACUUCCAACUGUGAAAUUGUUUUUUUGGUUCUCAUUUGUAGCA